AUGGGUGAGUUUACAAACUUACGCCGAGGACGGGGCAGUGAGUGCCCACUCCAAGAGGCCCAGAGCCGAGGUCGACGACGGGCACUCGUUCUGCCGAGAGCAACGGCCGCUGCUACUGGCUGGCUGCUGGCUGGCUGCUGGCUGGCGGCUGGCUGGCGGGUGCGCAGCGCAUGGAGACCAGGUGGCGGCUGGGGUGUGCGGGCAGGAGGGGGGGCGUGGCUGGAAAAGGACACCAGUCGCUUCGAGUCGACGUCUGGUUACGUCCAGGUCAGGUCAGGUCAGGUCAGGUCAGGUCCAGGUCAGCUGGCACCUAUAAUAAUUGACGGGUGUCCUUGGCGCGGGCUGUUGGAGGCGAAUUGCGGAACUUGCAAAUCAUUGCGCAUGCCCUGGCUCAUGGCCUUGAACCAUCUCAUCAUUCAUCGUUGUCGCCAGGAAUGCUCCAGGCCGAGGGGAGGUCCGUACAAAUCAAAUAGGCAUCACCGUCGUCGUCUUCUGGCUUUACUCGGUCCUCGAUAUCUACAAGACCUGACCAUGGCAAGAUUCCCACUCGGUACAGAGGAAAGCCAACGUCGGGAGAAAGAAGACAGUGAUGACAACGACAACAACGACAACAACGACAACAACGACAACAACGACAACAACGACAACAACGACAACGACAACGACAACACCUAG